AGUAGUAAUGUGCUCGGGGUGGGAGGUCUCUUGCUUUAACCAAUGUGGCCAGGGAAGACCCAAGCCCUGAAGACAGAGAAGGAGCUGGCCUUGAAUCCUGUAAAUGUUCCCAAACGAUCUCCCUAAGAGGUUAUGCCAGUCACACUCCUGCCGAGAGAGUAUCUCUGCGCCACGGCCCAGGUCUCACUCUGUUGCCCAAGCUGGAGUGCAGUGGCGCGAUCUCAGCUCACUGAAACCUCCACCUCCCGACCUCGUGAUCCUCCCGCCUUGACCUCCCAAAGUGUUGGGACAACAGGUGUGAGCCACCGUGCCCGCCAGAAGUUGCCAGGUGAAUACUUCCGGUACAAGGGCGUCCCCUUCCCCGUCGGCCUGUACUCGCCCGAGAGCAUCAGCUUGGCGGAGAACACCCAAGAUGUGCGGGACGAUGACAUCUUUAUUGUCACCUACCCCAAGUCAGGCACGACCUGGAUGAUCGAGAUCAUCUGCUUAAUCCUGAAGGAAGGGGAUCCAUCCUGGAUCCGCUCUGUGCCCAUCUGGGAGCGGGCACCUUGGUGUGAGACCAUCGUGGGUGCCUUCAGCCUCCCGGACCAGUACAGCCCCCGCCUCAUGAGCUCCCAUCUUCCCAUCCAGAUCUUCACCAAGGCCUUCUUCAGCUCUAAGGCCAAGGUGAUCUACAUGGGCCGUAACCCCCGGGACGUUGUGGUCUCCCUCUAUCAUUACUCCAAGAUUGCCGGGCAGUUAAAGGACCCGGGCACACCCGACCAGUUCCUGAGGGACUUCCUCAAAGGCGAAGUGCAGUUUGGCUCCUGGUUCGACCACAUUAAGGGCUGGCUUCGGAUGCAGGGCAAAGACAACUUCCUAUUUAUCACCUAUGAGGAGCUGCAGCAGGACUUACAGGGCUCCGUGGAGCGCAUCUGCGGGUUCCUGGGCCGUCCGCUGGGCAAGGAGGCACUGGGCUCCGUCGUGGCACACUCGACCUUCGGUGCCAUGAAGGCCAACACCAUGUCCAACUACACGCUGCUGCCUCCCAGCCUGCUGGACCACCGUCGCGGGGCCUUCCUCCGGAAAGGGGUCUGCGGUGACUGGAAGAACCACUUCACGGUGGCCCAGAGCGAAGCCUUCGAUCGUGUCUACCGCAAGCAGAUGUGGGGGAUGCCGACCUUCCCCUGGGAUGAAGACCCGGAGGAGGACGCCAGCCCAGACCCGGAGCCCAGCCCUGAGCCUGAGCCCAAGCCCAGCCUUGAGCCCAACACCAGCCUGGAGCCUGAGCCCAGACCCAACUCCAGCCCCAGCCCCAGCCCCAGCCCCGGCCAGGCCUCUGAGCCCCCGCACCCGCGACCCUGAGAAUAAACACCUCGCU